CAGUAGACAUAUGCCUGCAAAUUAUUGCCAGUUUUUAACCAAAGGAGAGGGUGUCUUAAUGGUGAUUGUCAAUCAGUGCAUUGGAGUGAGAGAGCGUUUGCCCCCUUGACAGGUUAUGAACAGUGCCACGAGCCCCAGAUGAUUUUCAUUUUCUAGUUCCCUCUGGAUCCCUGUGCUGGUGCCAGGAAUGUGUGGAAGGUAAUGGAUGAUUCCAAGUUCCCUGACAAGACAGAAGACCUAAAAUGACCCUAGAGACUAAAGAUUAUCUAAGAGAAUGAACAGUGUCAAGGGUAGAGGGACCAAAAUUUCUCACAACAACCCUUGGAUCCCUGGCUACUCAGGACUCUUAGAAUCAACCGUCCACAGUCAGAUUCAUUCAUUCAUCUUCAGUAAGUGCUUUAUGCUAUUCAGGGUCACAGUGAAUCCAGAGCCUAUGCUAGGAACAUUUUGGAGUGAGGCAGGAAUACAGUGUAGGAUGAUGCCAGUCCAUCACAGGUCAUCAUCCACACACAUCCAUACACUCUUUCACACUUAGUGGCAAUUUAGAGUAGCCAGUCUACUAACAGCAUGUUUUAGGGGGUGAGAGGAAACCCAUGUAGACUGAACCUGGGACCCUGGAGCUGAGGUGCCAGGACUACCCUCACACCACCAUGCUGCCUUCUGGGAAGACAGCGGCUGUCAAAAGGUCCUAGGGAACAAAAAUAGUCUAGGAGAAUGAAUGGUUUCUAGGGUAGGGGGCACAGAAGUCCUACUGCCACCCCUGAACCCCUGCAUACUCAGGACUCUUGGAAUCAUCUCUAAUUUGCCCGGAUUCACAAUAACCCCUAAUGCUCCGUUUCUCUCUAAUAAUGAACCAAACUCGAGCAAAUCUCACUUUUAGUGCAAAAUGCUGGACUCUGACCAUCUGAGGGGGAGGAGCUAAAAAUCGCAAGAUGGUUGCACCAACCAAAAAGCAAGAUUAAAGUUCAUUCGGUGAUUCUUCCUAAUACUUUCUUCUCUACAACUUGUGAGGAGCUUGUGUUUGCUCUGCAAUGCCUGGAGCCGCGAUGGCGGAGGAUCCAGCACUUCUCACCCCGGUCACAGUCGCCUGUCUUCUCGCCUGCGCCGCCCAGUUCGCCGUCGCUUUUAUUCUGGCGCAAAUCUGGGGCAAAAAAUGUUCAGCAACCGAUAGGUGGGUCCUCGUCUGGCUGUUCUACGAUGCCAUCGUGCACAUCACUCUGGAGGGUCCGUUUGUUUACAUGUCACUGGUUGGAACUGUUGCAACAUCAGAUGGAAUAUUAGCCGAGUUGUGGAAAGAAUACGGGAAGGCAGAUCAGCGCUGGCUCCAUUCAGACCCAACCAUCGUAUCCUUGGAGCUGCUGACUGUCGUAUUGGAUGGGUUCCUAGCGCUGCUUUUGGUCUACGCUAUUAUUAAAGACAAGCAUUACAGGCACUUUGUUCAAAUCACCCUGUGUGUGUGUGAGCUAUAUGGAGGCUGGAUGACCUUCUGCCCAGACUGGCUGAUAGGAAGUCCCAACCUGAAUAUCAACAACUGGCUCUACCUGUGGGUCUACCUGGUCUUCUUUAAUGGUGUAUGGGUUGUGGUGCCUGGACUCUUGCUCUGCCAGUCAUGGAAGGAUCUACAGAAAUCCCAUCAAUAUAUGAAGAAGAAUAAGAAAAAGUAGAUAUCCAGACUUGAUGUGUUUGUUUAGGAAGAAACAGCGAGGGACAGAACAGUGACCAUGACUGAGAUACGUGAUUCCUCAUAUUGUUUGUUUGUUUGUGAUUUUGUUGGGUACAAAUGGUCUUUAUCAAUUCUAAGUGCACCACACAGUGUUUUCUGCCCUAAUUACUCCAUCCUAACAGUGGAUGGAUUAUUAUUAUUAGCUGAUGGUUCAGUUAAUGGAUCUUAACAGUCAUGGAUAUUUUUUUUUUUUGUAAAAUAAUGGCACAGAUUUGUUGUUCAACAUUUAUGAGCUGAAUUACUUUUUAACAAAUAGCAAUGCUUGUUUUGGUGAACAAAGGACAGAAUGUAAUACUAAGUGAAUGUGCAGGUGUAUCUGAGACACACCCAUGAAGUUACAUCUACCUCAGAAAUACACCCAACACAGAAACAUGGCAACACAAUGAAGAGAAUUAUUUUGUUAUAUUACGAUACCCAAUCUUUGUAUUGCUACAGUCAAGCAUAAUAAAGUUAAUUCACCUA